AUGGUUUCCAAAGUGUUAUCCUUGAAUAAUAACGCAUGCAGUGUUGAUUUUGAUCCCAAUUUGAUACUUUUGGAAACAAAUUAUGUAAAAGUCAAACCAGGAUUAUUUGCAAUAGCAGAUACACCAUCAGAGACUGAUGCUGGUGUGAUAUCCUUAAUAGCACAUGUAGACGCAUUUGUUCCUUCAGAAAAACGAACUUUUAGCCCUUUGUUACUACGAGCUCCUUCUUCACUUCAGGAUGAACUUGAAAAUCCUGAUUUUGAGGGCGAAUCCAAAGAGAACCAGGAUCCAUCAGAAAAAAAUCAAAAGGGUUGGACUGGUGGCCCAACUCCUCUGCUCCUUAGGGCUGCCAGAGGAGCCCUUUUGAGGUCAGGAUAUGCAGUUCCUGGUUUGGAAAGUGCUAUGAUAAUUGAUACCCAGCACAGGGCCCUUUAUUCCUGGUAUGCUGCUAAUUAUGUCAUAGAUAAUUUCAAAUUUGAAAAUGCAUCAGAAGCAACCAUAGAAUUCGAGUGGGAUUCCCUAAAAGUUACUUAUGAGUUUUACAAAAAUUUAGGUUUGCUCGAUUUACGAUUAGCGUUAUUGGAAUUGGAAAAUGAUUCGAAUAAUACUUCUUGGAAAAGCAGUUGUAUAAAUCCUGAUGUAGAAGAUGAACCAUUUUUAUUUAAAGAAAAUACUUUCAAAGUCAGUGGAUCUCUGCCAGGGAAGAUAAAUGAAAAUGGAAAAAAUUCGGUGGAUAUUCUGAAAUGUCAGUAUUUCAUUAAUCAAAUCAACUUGGAAGAUUUGAAUGAAGGACCAGAUCAAAAAAAUAUUUUACCACAUCUUCUUCCAGGAUUUUUGGAGCAAUCUAAAGUAGUCAUAAGUGUGCCGAACUAUAAACGAGAAUCUGAUAGUGAGGAAGAUUUUAACACUAUCAGUGGAAAAAAAUAUUUGAAGCACGCCCGCGAAAUCUGCUCCGCCGGCAACAACGGGCCCUUCGCUUGCAGCGAUUUGCUGCUCCUGAGGAAAUUACUCAUUUCUGCAUUCGGAUUCGAUGACGAUGAACAAACAUUGGUGGUGAAGAGUGUUCAAGAUAAAGAAAUUAAUUGGGCUUUAGGAUUUGCUCACAGCCAGCUGGCAAAACAUAUAGCACUGUCAACAGUAGCAAAUUGA